UUGAACUAAGAUAUAAAUGUAUAUUUUGCAGAUAAUAAUUGUACGACCAUAAUGACUAAAUAACACAAUAAUUAGUUUAUAACACAAGACAAUAUAACUGGAAACCUUUUGUUCUGACUUUCUAAAUUCUGAAAGAAAAAAAAAAAGAUUGUGUUGGCUAGACUAAUUAAACGGAAUAAAAACCGUAAAAAAGAUCCUCCGAAGCUUUAGAUGGCACGCGUUGUUUUUCCAAGCUCGACAUUAAACCGGAAGUCAGACUCGCGCGAUCGCAUUCAAAAUGGCGACUCCCAUGCACAGAUUGAUCGCUCGAAGACAAGCGGAGGCGAAUAAACAACACGUUCGCUGUCAGAAAUGUCUGGAAUAUGGACACUGGUCCUACGAGUGCACUGGGAAAAGAAAGUACCUUUAUAGACCUUCCAGGACAGCUGAGUUGAAAAAGAGACUAAAAGACAAGGAAAACAAUCCUUCAGAUGAUUUGGGAGCUGGACUAAUACCACGCAGUGAGAAGAAAACCAAGAAAAAAAGGUCCUCCUCCAGCUCCAGCAGCAGCAGUAGCGGUUCGUCCAGCUCCUCCAAUGACUCCUCCUCGGACAGCAGCGACUCCUCGAGCUCCUCGUCCUCGUCUGAAGACAGUAGCAGCGACAGCGACGACACCUCCAGCCCUUCCUCCUCCUCCUCCUCGUCUUCCUCCAGUUCCGACUCUGAUUCGGAGUCCUCGAGCAGUUCCGAUCAGGGCCCUCCAAAGAAGAGAAAAAAGAAGAAAUGAGGGUCCAGUUAACGAGAGUGCAAUACAGAACUGGAGUCAUAUACUGAGUGCUGAGAACACACUGCUAUUGAAUACAUGAGGGUAGGGUCUAAAGUCUCGUAUGUAAAGAAACUGAGAAAUAUAUGUGUAUGUGGUCAUCAUCAAACACAUCCACGGUUACGUUUGCUUCCGCUAUCUCUCUUUGGCAGAUUGUAGUAGUUUCUCAAGCAGUGAAUUUACUCAUCAUUGAUUUAUUCAUUCAUUCAUUUGGUUUCUUUUUGACCACAAAUGCAUUUUUUUUUUUUUGCUGAGGUGUAAAACAUAAUUUUAAGAUGGUCUUAUGAAAUAAACUGAUUUCUUACGGAAAGAAAUGUACCUUUUGUGGGAUGUGAUGUAAAUGCAAUAUUAAAUAAUCUCUUUAAAAUGCA